AUGGCUGCCAAAACACCAGACCAAGUUUUCAUCGCCAACAAGCUGAUUCACAUGUACGGAAGCGCCGGUCGGGUGAAAGAUGCACGGAUUGCGUUCGACGGCAUUGCUUUGGGCGACAGGAACGUUUACACCUGGGUGCUGAUGCUCUGUGCAUAUUCCCGAAAUGGGUAUAUUCGCGAGUCCCGGGCUACGUUUGACGAGAUGCCUGAGAAGAACAUGGUGGCGUGGAAUGCCAUGCUAGCUGCAUAUGCCCAAAGCGGGCACUUUGAAGAAUUUGAAAUUGUCUUUGGUGAGAUUCCCAUGUGGAACGUUGUUUCUUGGAACACAUUGCUAGCGGCAUACUCCCAGAGUGGAAGCAAACAGAAGUCGAAGAUUGUUUUUGAAUCGAUGCCGGAGUGGAACUUAAUCUCCUGGAAUUCACUGCUUGCUGCGCAUACCCAAAACGGGCAUCUUAAACAGGCGCGAACAGUUUUUGAUGGAAUGCCAGCACGAAACUUUAUCUCGUGGACUACACUUUUAGCAGGAUACGUGCACCAUCAAAAGGUCGCGGAGGCCAGCAAUGUUUUUAUGUCUAUGCCACAGCAUGACAUGGUGUCUUGGACUCUGAUACUUACCGCAUAUGCCCGUAUCCGGCAUAUGCGAAAGUGUGUAGAAAUCUUUCAUACCGCGAGGCAAGUGGAUCUCACGUUUUGCAACGCUAUGUUAACUGCGUUUUCUCAUGUUGGAGAUGUUAAAGGUGGCAAAUGCUUUUUUGAUACUAUGCCUCAGCAUGACAUGGUGUCGUGGAACAACAUGCUUUUGGUCUAUGCUCAGAAUGGCCACAUUGGAAAAGCUCGAGAACUUUUUGAGAAGAUGGAGCACCGUGACCUGGUUUCAUGGACGUGCAUGGUAAGCGCGUAUGCUCAAGCUGGAAAUAUCAAAGAAGCCGAGUUCUUUUUCCAGAGAAUGCCUUUCACGAAUAUUGUGUCGUGGAACUCGAUGAUCUCGGCUUACAGCCAAAAGGGAAACUUUGAGAGAGUUGAGAAGAUGGUAGAAAAAAUGCCGCAGUCGAGUUUGUCGUCGUGGAACGCUGUUCUAGCUGCCAAUUUCGAUAGAGGAAAUCCGGAAGGAGCAAAACUAGUGUUUGACGAGAUGCCGGAGCACAACUCCGUGGCUAUGAGCUCACUGAUUUGUGGAUAUGCGCAGUUUGGUUUCAUGGAUUUUGCACGGGAGGUUUUUGAGAGUGUUCCUCACAAAGAUCUACUGUCGUGUACGUCGAUGCUGAUCGCUUUCGCAAACCACGGAGAAGUGGAAGAAGCGAAGCAUUUGUUUGAAACAAUGCCACAGCGAGACAUCGUUGCUUGGAACGCAAUCCUGGUUAUGUAUGGUCAAAACGGUGAUUUAGAAAACGCAGCAAGGAUUUUCAGCUCUAUGCCCGAGCGCGAUCUCGUUUCAUGGACCUCGAUUCUGACCAAGUUCGGACAGAGGGGAAAACUCCAAGAGGCGAUGAAAAUCUUCGACGAGCUCGAAACUCUACACACUCCUGACCAGGUUUGUUUCGUGGGAGUUCUCAUCGCUUGCAGCCACAAAGGAAAGCUUGCUCUCGCCAAGGAGUACUUUCUGUCCAUGAGACACGACUUUGGAAUAGAGCCUGUGAAGCAGCACUACUGUUGCAUGGUGGAUUUGCUCGCCAGAGCCUCGUAUCUGGAAGAUGCGAGAGAGCUCUUGGCGACGAUGCCAUUUAAACCAGAUGCUGUAAAUCUGGUGGCUUUUCUUUCGGCGUGUAGGAUGGGCCGGAUGAGUGAUGAUCAUAUUUGUCACAGUGCCGGUCUUGUCGCAAAGAGCGUCUUGGAUUUGGAUUCCAGGAAUGGAGCUGCUCACAUCUUGCUAGCAAACGUUCUGCGUGAUCCACCUGAAGUUUAA